AUGAUAUAAAAACUUUAGGAAGACUUAAAUCGAUUGACAAAAAAUAAUAAAGAACAAUAAUAAGGACUUUAAAACUUAUAUCUCAGAUUUGGAAGCAUAAUUAAUGAUCAAUUACAAAUCAUAAAAUAUUCACAAGUUUCACAAAAUCUGCUUCAUAAAGUAAGACCUGAAGUUUUUAACUAAAUAUUAAUAUUUUUAGACAUAAAAUCUUAUCUAAGAUUUAGAUUAAUAAGUAAAAGAGCCAAUCAAACAGUUAUAUAAAUGAUUCCCUUUAGGAUAAAUCAUAUUAAUUAAAUUAUACUUAAUUUGAAUCAUUAGAUUUAAGUUUAUACUAUAUAAAACACUGAAUAAACAAAUUGCUAAAGUUUAAUUGAGGAAUAUAACAAUGCACUUGAUAAAUUAUAUAAAUUGAAUAAGGAAGAUUUAGUGGAAUUAAAAAGAACUCGUAAUCCUCCAACAAUAUUAGUAAAGGUGAUAAUAAUAAUCUGUGUACUUUUAGAUCACUCUUUUAAACCCGAAUAAUAGAGUUGGGAAGAAUGUUAAAAAAUAAUAGGAAAUUUUAACUACGUGAAUUCACUCCAUAGUUUAGAUAUUGGGAAAAUUAAUGAGAGCUAAUUAACAUACAUAAAAACAAUAAGGUAAAUUUCAGAAGUUUAAGCAUCAAAAAUAUCAAAUGCAUGCAGCACAUUUUAUUAAUUUAUUUUAGUUGUUUUAUAAAUUAGGGAAUCAAAAUAGUACAUAUUUAAAAGAAAAAUAGAAUUAAUUGAAUUAUUAAUUAAACAAGCAUAAAAACACCAAACAUUUUUACAAAAAAUGAUUGAAUGA